GGGUGGGUGGGCCCAGUGUUGGAGGUGUGCACAUCCUAUCCUGGCUCCUCCUCUAUGAGUCAACCUGCUCUCCUUCUUUAUGAACCAUCAGCAAUUUGACUGCUGCCAUUUUCUGUGCUGGCUGCUUCCUUCACACAUCAGAGGCAAAAAUGACGUCUGGAGUGAAAUGCACCGACCAGGUGAAGGAUGUCUGCGACGAAAUGAGACUUGUGAAGAGCGAUGCCGAUCACCAGAAGCGCAUCAGACUUGUGGUGUUUAACAUCAAGGAUAGCUGCAUCGACGUGACUAAAUGUGUCUGCGAGGAAGAACUGACUCAGAUGGGCAAGGAUGGCUUCUCUUACUUCCAGGAAAUGAUGGCGGACGGAGAAUGCUGCUACAUAUUGUAUGACUGCCACUUCGACACCAAGGAAUGCAGAAACAAACAAGAAUUGGUCUUUUUGACAUGGUGUUCUGACAACGCAAGCAUCAAAAAUAAAAUGUGCUACGCUGCCUCAAAAGAUGCUAUAAAGAAGUGCGUGGGAAGUAUCAAACAUAAUCUCGAGAUGACUGAAAAGGGGGACUGCGUCAGCAGGGCAUGUUUUGCAGAAAAGCUGGGGAAAGGCAUCCUCAGUCUCGAGGGUGUGUCGUGUUCUGGUCACGCUGAUGAUUGAGGAGGCCAUCAGUGAUUCCAUUCAGCAACAUCGUCAUCAAACGGUCUUUCCCUUGAUUUUUUCUUUUUUUUUUUUUCUUUUUUGACAUGUUCAGUUAAAAGGGCAACGGGCUAAUGGCAAAGCUUCCAAAUUGACUGAGUUCUUGGAUUGGAUCAACAAAGCUUGAGGGGAAGAGUUGGCCUCUGGAUUGAAUUAGAAUAGCGUAACACAAACAUCUCCCACAAAAGCCACCAGUUAUACCAAUCUAUCAUUUUAUUCAUUCUUUGACUUAUCCAUAGGAUACUAUUGUCUGUCGCUUGACACAUUUGUAUUUCUCGAAUCAGUAGUUUAGUGGUUUUUUUUUUUAAUAUACAUGGAUACUCUUCCUUUAUGGUUUGGUUACCACUGACAGGUUCACUGCACAUGACUGUAUUCUGUAAAUUAACCCAAUGGACACCAUAGUAGAGUUUAUUAGGUCAAAAUAGCUGGGCAUGUAAAUUCAACUCAAACCUUUCCUUUUUUUUUUGCUAGACUGUUUGAUGGACACAAAGAAUUGUACAACUUUUACAAAAGGGGGGGGAAACAAGUUAACUGUAAAUGCAGCAUUUGUCAAUCUGUUAUCAAAUAAAUUCAAUGCAACUAACUCAA